AUGUUCUGCUCCAGCCUGUGUGCACCUUCCUGUGGGGCGGCCGCCCCGUGCCCCCUGGCUGACACCACCAACGAGCCCUGCGUGCGUCAGUGCCAGAGCUCCUCGGUGGUGAUUCAGCCCCCGGCCACAGUGGUCACCUUCCCUGGACCCAUCCUCAGCUCCUUCCCUCAGCACAGCGUGGUGGGCUCAGUGGGAGCCUCCGCCACUGCCAGUGGCUAUGGCAGCAUUUAUGGAGGCCACGGGGGUGGAGGCUAUGGUGGCUACAGGGGCUAUGGGAACUAUGGAGGCUAUGGUAGCUAUGGAGGCUUUGGAGGCUAUGGUAGUUGUGGAGGCUAUGGAGGUCUUAGAGGCUUUGGUGGCUAUGGAGGCUUUGGUGGCUGUGGAUAUGGCGGCUGGUGCCAAGGAUGCUUAUACCUCAGUGGCAAAUGUGGGACUUGCUAA